GUAGCUCUGCGCCUCUGCUUCCCAAGCUCCCUCGACCCUCGUCGUCGUCGUCUCGUCUUCUCUCUCUCCCCGCGUCGCGUCUGCAAUGCUGCGUGCUGAAUUACUGCUGCAGCUUUUCUUCUGAGCAUUGAAUACUCCUGCAGAGGGAUCAACCACAUUCAAUACGAGUCCUCGGCGGGAACGCAGAAAGGGGACAGAAGGGGCCGAAGAAGCCAUGGCACCCUCUUGAUUCAGGAUUCCGUUCGCAUUCCGUGCUCCCCGACGGCUCCGACGAGCGCCGCCAUUUCUUAAGAGGGGGUACUUGCUUCGUCCUCGGCGAUGAGGAGGCAUGGGUGGCAGCUGCCUUACCACCCUCUCCAGGUGGUGGCGAUAGCGGUCUUCCUGGCGCUAGGCUUCGCUUUCUACGUCUUCUUCGUGCCGUUUGUAGGGGGAGAUGAGCUGCAGUAUGUGGUCGUCGGCCUCUACACCCCUUUGAUCACCUGUGUUGUCGUGUUAUAUGUAUGGUGUGCUGCAACAGAUCCUGGUGAUCCAGGCAUUUUUAAAUCGAAAAGGGUCCCAAAAAUUCAAGAAAAUUCUGAUCAUGAAUGCCCAGAAGGGAAGUCAUUAAGCGAUGGUUGCAGUGCUGUUAAUAACAGCGAGAAAUUAAGCAGUAUUUUUGAAGGAAAAGAUGCACCAUCUCACCCUGGAUUGGCCGGAGUUCUUUGCUUGAUAUGCAGCCCGUUUUCUCGCUUAUGCAAAACAUGCUUCCACUUACAUGAUCAAUCUUCAGAACAACAUGGAAGUGAAGAAGGCAUGUUUUUCUGCAGCUUAUGUGAGGCAGAGGUUUUGCAGCACAGUAAGCAUUGUAGAGUUUGUGACAAGUGUGUAGAUGGCUUUGAUCACCACUGUAGGUGGCUCAACACUUGCGUUGGGAAAAGAAACUACAAAAGAUUCUUCAUUCUGAUGGCUUCAGCAGUCCUCUUGCUUAUAAUGCAGUGGUUGGUCGGCACACUUGUCUUGAUUCUUUGCUUUAUGAAGCGAGGGGAGUUCUCUGGGAAGAUCGUCUCAAACCUUGGAAGCAGCUUCUCGAUUACAGCUUUUGUAGUUGUUUUGGUAACAUGUACCUUACUUGCAAUGAUUGCAACAAUACCACUCUCCCAACUUUUGUGCUUCCACAUUCUUCUUAUCAAAAAAGGAAUCAGCACAUACGACUACAUUGUAGCUCUGCGUGAGCAGGAAGAACAGCAAGAACAUGUUGAGCACCAGAGCCCGCAGAUGUCCAUCAUUAGCUCUGUCACUGGAUUUAGUACUACUAGCUCUGUUGGUCCUCUUCAUCGUGGGGCAUGGUGUACUCCACCAAGAUUACUUCUUGAAGAUCAGUACGUCUCUUAUCCGGACAUGCCACAGAAUUCCGUGGGCAAGAAGACGAAGGAAGAUGAAGGAACCAAAAGAAAACCUCCUGUAAAAAUCAGUCCCUGGACACUGGCUCGCCUUAACGCUGAGGAAGUAUCAAAGGCUGCUGCUGAGGCCAAAAAGAAAUCCAAAGUUCUUCAGCCAAUCACAAGACACAGGGAGGUUCCUAAGCCUGACAAAAGUAGGGUGUUACUACCUGAACAAUCUCCUGAUGCCUGUGGAAGGACAUCAGCGAGUGGAACUGAUAGCAACUUGAGCGACAUGGCAAUGGAAACACCUGGUAGUUUGGCCCCAUUACAGCAUGAAGCAAGGAGCGUCUUCCAACCAAGCAUCGCAUCAUCCAUCAGGAACCUCAACCUUACUUCAUCACCAGAGAGUAGCCUGGACUCACCUGAUCUUCAUCCCUUCCGUGUCUCAAUGUCAGGAGCCGAUGAACUUCGUAGCUUCAUGUCAAUUGCAGCUUCAGCAUCCAGUGCUCAGAAAAGCAUUGCGCUUUCAAGGUCAACAAGUGGCGGGUAUGAGGCAUCUGGAGGUGAGGACAGCGAUCGCAUACCCACAAGGAUUGUGCACCGAUCAUCGAAUUGGACAAAUGUCAUUCUUAACUCGGGUCGGCGGGAAAUGGCAUCGGAUCUAAGGAUCCCUUCAUCUGGAGGGUAGGGUUGGCUGCUAACUAGGCUGAGCUAGCUGAAGAUAUGAUGAGCUGCUACAACUUGCUGACCUGCUAAUUGGUUAUGUACUGCGACCAAGCAUUUGACCAGUGUUGGAAAGGCAUGACCUAGUUUUUGCUAUAGGAGUUUAGUGCUACGCCACUCCAUUCUCACUGUCUUUCUGUUUCACAAUCAAUGGAUAUGUAUGUGUUGUGUACCACUCAAAGAUGACUGUUUUCUAUCGCAAAAAAAGGUACACUGUUUUAGCA